AUGCUCUGCAGCAAUGUCCUCGAGCGAAAGAUCAAAUGUGAGGCAGAACCCUCCUCCAUUGCUCGGACUCAGCGCCAGCUGGGGGGUAUCUUGGACGAUCUCGGGCGAUAUGACAGUGCCUCCAAGUGCUAUCGCGGAGCUCUGGAGGUCCAAGUGCGGUCACUUGGCUCGAACCACAUCGACGUGGCGAGCACGAAGGACAGUCUUGGAGUGACGCUUUGGCGACAAGGCAAGUUUGAUGAAGCACUCAAGCUCUAUGACGAGGCUCUUGUCGUGCGAGAGUCGGUCCUGGGCAGCGAGCAUGUUCUGGUCGCUAAGACGAUUGUGAACAGAGCUAACGUUUACUUCCGACAAGGACAGUUCAUGCGAGCCUUGGCUGACUACAGUCGGGCGCUGGAGAUCGAGAAGCGAACACUGGGCGAGGAGCACGUAUUGGUGGCAAAGACAAAGAACAACAUGGGCGAGGCCCUUCGAGUUGAAGGCAAGUAUGAAGAAGCGCUUCAGCUCUAUCAAGAGAGCCUCGUGGUCUUGUCCAAGGUGCUCGGAAACUCGCACGUGCUGGUAGCCAACACCAAGAACAACAUCGCGGGUAUCUUUUUGAAGCAGGACAAGUGCGACGAAGCUUUGCAGUACUACAUGGAGUCGUUGGACACCAAGUUGAAGGUGUUGGGCCCCGGUCACGCUGACGUCGCAAACACGAUCGAGAACAUCGGAGUCAUCUUCGCACAGCAGGGAAGGCAUGAUCACGCGCUGGAGAAGUUCAACGAAGCUCUCUCCAUCCGCAGCAUUGCCCUCGGCCCCGAUCAUCUCGACGUGAGCUCGACACAGUACAAGAUGGCUCUGGUGUAUGAGGAGAAGCAUGAGUAUAAGACUGCCCUCCCGCUCUGCGAGCAGGUCUGA